GCAAACAAAAACAACACAUCUCAUGCGAAGGCAUCGUCAUCUUCACAGAGAAAAUUUGUCCCUACACUUCCUUUUUCUCAUCAAGAACUUAUCACUCCGCCUCUGGCAUAUCAUCAGCCUCUGUCAGGCGAUAAACUCAAAGGUCUCUCUUAGCAUCAAAUCCAGCAGCUUGCUGCGAAACAGCCGCGCGAGGAUAUGUCUCCAGCGUCAUCAAUUCACGAUCCAGGCGAAAGCCAGCCGCUCCUCUCAAGGCAUCGACGACGCACCGGCACAUUCCAACUGCCAUCGUUCAGUGGCCAGCGACUCGUGUCGCCCCUAUCCAUGCGACGUGCCUCCCUACAGGAGGUUCAUCCACACCACGAAGACGUCGAGCCAGUACUGCCCGCCGCGCCAGUCGCUGCCCACCAAGAGACACGUCUACACAAGCCACAAUGGGCGCUCAGUGACAGGCCACCAAACACAUGGGCCCAAAUCCGUCAUUACUGGCGGGAAGAAUUUGCUGAGUUUUGGGGCACCUUCAUGAUCUUACUUUUUGGAGCAGGUGUUGAAUGUGAGACGCGUCUGAACUACCAGUCGGCCGACAUCCGCGAAAAUGCAGGUGACUUCUUGCAGUGCCGCCUGGCCUGGGCAGCCGGCGUAGCUAUGGCCGUAUGGAUGUCCGGCGGCGUCUCAGGUGGGCACUGCAACCCAACCGUGACAGUCGUCCUGGCUCUUUUUCGCGGCUUCCCCUGGCGCAAGGUGCCCAGCUUCUUAGCCGCCCAGGUCUUGGGUGCCACCUUCGCCAGUCUUGCCGUCUAUUUGAACUACUCCACCAGCAUCGCGGAGUACGAGGGCGGGGCUGCCCGCACUUUGAUCGGGGAACAUGCCACUGCCGGCCUCUUCUUUACCUUCCCUAAGUCUGGACUUCCUUAUGCCGGCGCCUUUUACACCGAGUUCCUUGCCUCGGCCGCGCUAGUGGCUAUUGUGUUUGCUCUGGCUGACAAGAACAACCUGUCGCCGCCAAAGGGCACGCAACCCUUUGCCAUGUUCUUGGCUCUGUUGGCCAUUGGCUCCGCCUUGGGCAUCAACACUGGGUACGCCAUGAACGGUGCCAGAGAUACUGGCCCGCGUAUUGCGUUGGCUAUUGUUGGCUAUGGCUCAGAUGUCUUCACUCAUGACUCUUAUUACUGGCUUUGGGCUCCCUGGGCUGCGGCUAUUGUUGGUGGUAUUGCCGGUGCUUGCGUUUAUGAUGGGUUCAUCUACACUGGGCGUGACUCUCCUUUCAACAUCCCGAGAAAGGAAGAUGACUAAACGACGCAGUUGGAGGUCCUUAUUGACAUUUGGAAAUCAAAGUCAACGGGGUCUAGCAUAAAAUUAUGUGGCAAGUUUCCGCAAGCCAAGAGUUUUCAAGGCGAUGUGCGAGAUGAGGAUCAGCUGGCUACAAAUUGGCUAUCACCUCAGGCAGGAUAGACUUAGACAGGUAGACAAAGGAUAGCAACAGUAAUACUUAGAAUAGGCCUAGACUGAUAAUUAACUCGGAUGGAGGACGUACGCCCAAAUACAGGCUCACAAAUCAAAGAUAUC